CUCGGGCGCCUCUGCCGCGAGAAGGGCGCGAGCCCCGUGUCCCCCGGGGCCCCGCCCGGAUCCCGCCGACUCGGAGCACGUAGGGGUUGUCCCCGCCAUCGCCGCCGAGGCACCCCUCUCCGGCGCCUCCCGACAGCCGAAGGAGUGCUCGGCUCCCCUCGUGCGUCCAACCUCACUUUCCCCGCGGCCACCGGCUCGCACAGCCUGGGCGGGUACCGCGAGAACGCUCCUCUCUCAACUCUUUUUUUUUUUUCCAGGGCAGAGCUGGGCGGGACCAUCACACACCAGCUUCGGCUAAAUCCUGGUCCUGGGGGAUAGCGAGCGCCGCCUCGGACCACGGACCCGCCCAGACUCGAUUCCUCUCCAGGACCUAGACCGACGUGUUGACCUGCCUCUCCCGCACCCCCGUACGAAUGGUGCUUGGGAACUGUUGAGUCACCCAUCAUCACACCUCUCCUCCCCACCACUCUUGGGCUUCUGGAGCCUAGCGGCUGUCACAGUCCUCCCUCAGACAGUCCCAACCCUCUUCUGGCUCCUUGGAGGCUGGGGCGGGGAAGGCUGCGGAUUUGCCCAGACAGCUGGGGUGACCCUCUCUCCAGGGCAGCGGCCUGAAGCAGUUGCGGCUUCUGGCCACUAGGUGUCAGCCUGUCCUCACUGUGGUGCGGGGUCCGAGCCCGCCUCACAGUGAGUAAGGCAGUUUUGCGUAGCGGGAUUUGCAGACCCCGAGGAAAAGCCUAGAGCUGGUGCGGCAAGUGAAGCGGUGUGCUUUAGGGAGGUGGAAAUAGAGGACGCGAACAGAAAGUGGGGACUAAAACAGUAUUUUAGAAGGAAAAAGACAAAACCCCAGCUCGGACACCCAGGGGUCAAAGCAUUUUGGGUGUUUGCUGUCUUCCCUGAUGGUUCCCGGUUUACACAUUAACCCCCGUGGAGCUCCACGAUCACCCAAGCUCCGGUCGGUUACUAAGUGACAGCAUGAUGUCUUGGGUGAGCAGUUCACCCCCUUUUCUGCUCCCAAGUUCCAGUUUGCUCACUGGAAAGCCUGUCCACCAGCCGACUCUGGCCUGAGCCAGUGCCCGCCGGCUCCCUCCGGUCUUUCCACGUAGGCUAGUUUGGGGCGGGGCGGGGACAAAAGAUAAACAUCCCUUCCCACAUCUUGCUCGCCCAUUCAGAAACAGGGUAACCCUUAGCUAGGGGCCACCUCCUGAAUCCUGGGCUUCUAUAACUCCCUUAGAGCAGCGGCGUCAUGAAUAAGGAUUAAGUUUACCCUGGUCGAACCCCUAGCCGUGAUACUGACUAGCCAACUAUUUCUGAGCAGAAGCGUAAAACCCUCUCGAGUUUCCCCCCAUCCUGACACUUUCGGGCAGAGGUUUACUUCCCCAUUCGAGAUGAGCACCGGUGGCUGGGUCCCCUUACGGCAGAGUUUUGUGCGGGGUUCUGAAAAGUCAAGACCGCCGUGCUCGGUAGUUGCCACAACCCAGGGACCACGCCACGUACUCUCCAGGUGAAUCAGUUUGCCCAUCUCGGGUUUUCCGGGUCUCUCCCUUGGCAAACACCAAACCACCCCCGCUUCCCACCCCACACAGCAGGCUCUCGGUGGUUCAUCCUUUACGUGCCAGAAAGGAAUCCCUUUAUCUUUCUGAAGUAGUGCCUGCCACGCCUAGGCAGCGGGGACUCGAUCCUCGCUCCCCACUGCCGUUCGACCUUUGAGGGACAAUCUUGUUUGCGCGGGUCAACUUAAAGUGAGCGCCGCAUCGCUCCAGUCUAACGACCUGACCUAUGCCAAAUCACGCGUGUGCAAAGUGGCUGUACGGUGCCGAGCACUGAGGGGCUCGCCCAGGAACCGGGAAUGUCUCUUCUCCUACCCACGGCAGGGCCCUUGGGGAAACGCGAUUUACAGUCAAAGAAAAGGCGCGGGUCUUAACAGACGCCCCGUCCCGUCGGCUCCGCCCUGCAAGAGUCUCGCAGCUGGAAGGCGGAGCUCCCGGAUGGGCGGGUCCGCGCACGCGCCGCACGGGAAUUCCAGAAGCGUAUUUGAGACAUGAGAUGGAGAAGUACGAGCGGAUUCGAGUGGUGGGAAGAGGUGCCUUCGGAAAAAGAAGAAAAAAGGGGGACGGACGGAAGAUGUGUAUCAGUGGUCGAGCUCUUGCCUAGCAUGCUUGGAUUUAAUUUGAUAGUGCACCUGUGCCUCCGUAAGGCUGACCAGAAGCUGGUCAUCAUCAAGCAGAUCCCAGUGGAGCAGAUGACCAAGGAGGAACGGCAGGCGGCCCAGAACGAGUGCCAGGUGCUCAAGCUGCUCAACCACCCCAACGUCAUCGAGUACUACGAGAACUUCCUCGAGGACAAGGCCCUUAUGAUUGCCAUGGAAUAUGCACCAGGUGGCACCCUGGCUGAGUUCAUCCAGAAGCGCUGCAAUUCCCUGCUAGAGGAGGAGACCAUCCUUCACUUCUUCGUGCAGAUCCUGCUCGCGCUGCAUCACGUGCACACGCACCUCAUCCUGCAUCGGGACCUCAAGACCCAGAACAUCCUUCUCGACAAACACCGCAUGGUCGUCAAGAUCGGUGACUUUGGCAUCUCCAAGAUCCUCAGCAGCAAGAGCAAGGCCUACACGGUGGUGGGUACUCCAUGCUACAUCUCCCCCGAGCUGUGUGAGGGCAAGCCCUACAACCAGAAGAGUGAUAUCUGGGCUCUGGGCUGUGUCUUAUAUGAGCUGGCCAGCCUCAAGAGAGCCUUCGAGGCUGCGAACCUGCCAGCUCUGGUACUGAAGAUCAUGAGCGGCACCUUUGCCCCCAUCUCCGACCGGUACAGCCCGGAGCUGCGCCAGCUCGUCCUGAGUCUGCUCAGCCUGGAGCCCGCACAGCGGCCACCCCUCAGUCACAUCAUGGCGCAACCCCUCUGCAUCCGGGCCCUCCUCAACCUCCACACCGAUGUGGGCAGCGUCCGCAUGCGGAGGGCAGAGAAGUCCCUGACCCCAGGACCACCCAUGCCCCCCGGCAGCACAGGGAGCCGGGCCACCAGUGCCCGAUGCAGGGGUGUCCCCCGGGGACCUGUGAGACCGGCCAUCCCACUGCCACUGUCUUCCGUGUAUGCCUGGGGUGGUGGCCUUAAUGUCCCCCUGAGGCUCCCAAUGCUCAACACUGAGGUGGUCCAGGUGUCUGCAGGGCGCACGCAGAAGGCUGGCGUCACACGCUCCGGGCGCCUCAUUCUGUGGGAGGCCCCGCCCCUAGGCACUGGAGGAGGCACGCUCCUCCCAGGGGCAGUCGAGCAGCCUCAGCCUCAGUUCGUCUCCCGGUUCCUGGAGGGCCAGUCGGGUGUCACCAUCAAGCAUGUGGCCUGCGGGGACCUGUUCACGGCUUGCCUGACUGACCGAGGCAUCAUCAUGACCUUUGGCAGCGGCAGCAACGGGUGUUUAGGCCACGGCAACCUCACCGACAUCAGCCAGCCCACCAUUGUGGAAGCCCUGCUGGGCUAUGAGAUGAUCCAGGUGGCCUGUGGGGCCUCUCAUGUGCUGGCCCUGUCCGCAGAUGGGGAACUGUUUGCCUGGGGCCGAGGAGAUGGUGGGAGGCUGGGACUUGGCACCAGGGAGUCCCAUAGCUGCCCCCAGCAGGUGCCUGUGCCCCUAGGGCAGGAAGCUCAGAGAGUUGUUUGUGGUAUUGACUCUUCCAUGAUCCUCACCUUGCCUGGCAGGGUCCUGGCCUGUGGAAGUAACAGGUUCAACAAGCUAGGCUUGGACCACAUAUCCCUGGAGGAGGAGCCUGUUCCCCACCAGCAAGUGGAGGAGGCCCUGAGCUUCACACCCCUGGGCUCUGCACCUCUGGACCAGGAGCCGCUGCUGUGUGUGGACCUGGGCACUGCUCAUUCAGCCGCUGUGACUGCCUCCGGUGACUGCUAUACGUUUGGCAGCAAUCAGCAUGGGCAGUUGGGCACCAGUUCUCGCCGGGUCAGCAGGGCACCCUGUCGGGUCCAAGGCCUAGAGGGCAUCAAGAUGGUGACAGUGGCCUGUGGGGAUGCCUUCACUGUAGCCAUCGGGGCAGAGGGGGACGUUUAUUCUUGGGGCAAAGGAGCCCGAGGUCGACUGGGAAGGAGGGAUGAGGAUGCUGGACUCCCUAGGCCAGUGCAGCUGGAUGAGACUCAUCCUUACGUGGUGACUUCAGUGUCCUGCUGCCAUGGGAACACUCUCUUGGCUGUUCGAUCAGUCACAGAUGAACCAGUUCCCCCCUGAGGCAACAGGAUUAUCCACGAGACCACCUCUGAGUGUUCUGAAAACUGCAGGUGCCUGAGGAAGACUGUUUCCAGCUCCUGGAUUGUGUCAUCAGUGAGGUGGAAAGGCCACUGGCCGCCACUCUGUUCCCCCAAGUCCCCGCCCCCAAACUCCUUAUCUUACUCAGUGACUCCAGGCUCCAGUCUGGCAGGAAUGAACAGCCGGCUGGUUUUCAAAGACUGCUAAAAACGCACACACACACACCCCACCCCAAGCCCGGGUAGAAAUACAUCCCUGGCGGUGUCCUCAUGGAGACUGAUGCCGUGCUUUGGAGUAGGGCAAGCCGGGGCUUGUUUGGACUGGCCAUUAGGCCUGCUUGAUCUCCGCAUUGUUGCAGGAAUCCUAUCACUACACUGCAUAGCUUGAGGCCGAUAGGUCGGAGGGAGUCCCCUUCUCAGUCUUAACUGAGGCAGGGGUUUGCUCAACCUCUGAGUGGGCGCCCCCACCUCCCAGGGCGGGGAGUACUGGAGCAACUGAGUGGUUGCCAAGGGAAUCCUGCUGAAAGUUGCCGGUCACCGCAGGCCAUUUCCCAGACCUAAGACUUGGGGAAAACGUAGCAGGCCAGACCCGACCAGUUUCUCAAAGGUUUGAAAAUAGCGCCAAUAAAAAUAUCAAAUGCC